AUGAGUUCAUCACCAAGUAUUUGUGCAUCACCAAACUUUACGUUUCCACCCACGCUGCAUGAUGAAAGAGUAAAUGGAGGAUCUAACGAUUAUUUCACGAACAAAACAUCUACGCGUGAGGCCGAAUAUCCACAGAUCCCGACAUCUGAUAAAAGGGUACCUGAAUACAUAGCGCCACCACCAGUACAUACGAAGAUGAAUACUUCAUUAUCAUCGAUUAACUCGGAUACAACCGUGUGUGACUCUUCCUCGGGGUCUAUUAAUUCAAAAAAUACUAGAAAUGACUCAGUAUUUUCAACAGAAACUCUAGUGGAAGAAAUAGAAUACGCAAAAAAGAAGAAUCCACUUAAUUUACAACUUCCUACAGGAAAGCAUAAACAGACUCAGAGUAGAGACGAAGAGAGAUCAAAGUCGGCGGUUGAACCGAAGUUCGAUUUCAACAUACAUCGGUCACCAGUCAAACAACAGCCAAGUCUAAUUCCCACUAAUUCAUUACCCGAAAUGAACCCGGUCUUGAAUUAUAACAACCCACCGACAUUAAAAAAGCAUAUUACUACUACAUCACUUACACUUAACGAUUCUUUCAAAAUGAUCCAGAAUGAGCAAUUUAAAAAACCAAAUAAAAUGAUGAAUGUCGAUUGUAAAGAUCUCAUAGACACAUUGUCACAACAAAACUCAAAUCGAAUCCAGUCGAUUUCGAUUAAUACUAAUAAUGAUAUAAUGAAACAAAUUAUGGAUUCUACAUCUAAAUUGUCAGAAAUUUUAGUGAUUGAUAUUAGACCAUUCACAGAAUACGUAAAAUCGCAUAUAAAGGGAUCAAUCAACAUUUGCUUACCCCUGACUUUAUUAAAAAGAGCAAAUUAUGACUUGAACAGAUGCAUAAAGGCAUUGCCUGCUUAUGAAAAAAGCAUUUUCGAAGAGCAUAUUUCUACAUAUGGUGGCAAAAAUUUAAAUAACCUAAACACAGCCGAGUCUAAAAAUUCAGAUGGUACUUCCACGGAGUUCCCUAGCAUCCUAUUAUAUGACACUUAUAAUAAUUCCUCAAAUUUGUAUCAUAUGGCAAAGAAGUUUAUGGAUUUUAAGUCGUGGGAGGACUCGAUUUUUAUACUCGAUAGUAAGUAUAAUGAAAUUUCCGAAAGAUUUCCGAGCUUAGUAGAGUCUGGAAAUGGUAAUUUCAGUAGACAAGGUUCAGUUCCCCAGUUGCCAGUAAACAAUGUUGCCGAAAAAUACAGAUCGGCUUCCUUAUCGGAUAUUCCAACAAUUAAAACCAUUAACAUGGCAGAUACGAGCACGCCAAUUUUGUCUAAUUUUCAAUUACCUCAAACACCAAAAAAGCAAUUCAAGCUUAGACAUAACGAAGAAGUUUUGACUGAUAAUUUGGAAGGUGCAUCCGAUUUAAGUUUAAUUAAUUUAUCUCAUCAUUUUGAUAAACUAUCAGGUACUGAUCAAAAUCGAUUACCGAUUUGGAUAAGCAGUAGUUUAUCAAAACGCACAAAGUUGAUUGAGGACUUUAAUAACUUGGAGAAGAAUGAGAAGCAUAGAUUACUCGAUGCAUUCACUAUUAAUAAAACGAAUUCUAUUAAUGACAAAAUAGAGGAAGAAAAAUUGUCUCCAGGUGGUUCAGUUAUAGACUCUGAAAAUAAUCAGGCCCCAUCUAUUAGUUCCGGUAUUGAAUAUGGACAUAAAAAUAGAUACAAGGAUAUUUUUCUUUUCGAGCAUUCUAGAGUUAAAUUGAAUGAUUUACCUUCUAUGACUAAAAAAGGACAGUUAUGUGAUUACAUCAAUGCAUCAUAUUUAAACCCAUUAAAGGAUUUGGAAAGGAUCACGGAAAUGAGUAAAGUCAUCCAUCAUUUAAAGUACAUUGGCGCCCAAGGACCAUUAAACGAAACAACUGGUGACUUCUGGAAAUGUGUUGUGAAUCACAGAAGUCCAUUAAUAAUUUCACUCACAGAUGAGUUUGAGAAUGGCGUUAACAAAUGUUCACCAUUCUGGAAGUCUGGAGAGUACAAAUCUAAUAAUAACAUAAUCAAAGUGAAAAUGAUUGACAGCAUGAACUACAAAAAUGAAAAUACUAUUAUACUCAGACGGUUUGAAGUGUCGAUGGAUGAUCUCGAAUCUCAUCAAGUUUUCCAGAUUCAUUUAUUGUCAUGGCCCGAUAUGGGGGCAGUAUUGAAGCCGAAAGACUUGAUAUCGAUCAUUGAAUUAAAGCAUCAUAUUCUUGAGAGCUGUUCUUCUAUAUUGGAAGAAUUUCCAACUAUCAUCCAUUGUUCUGCUGGUUGUGGUAGAACAGGAACAUUAUGUACAAUUGAUUCGCUCAUAAAUAUCCUCAAUGAGAACCCAAGUUUUGACUUGGCGUUUGACCCGGUGUACUUGAUGGUUGAUAAUUUCAGAAGACAGCGUGUUUCGAUGGUCCAAAACUUACGUCAAUACUACUUGAUCUACGACACUUUACUCAUAUACUUACGCAAGAAGCUCAAUCUCCAGGCAGAAAACGAUCCCUCGGUUGGUUGGGAUGAUCUCGUUCAUUUUGAUAUCGUUAAUGACUUCUUAAAUUGUAUCACCUAA